AUGUCUCAAAAUGGUUACUAUCAACAAGGUCCACCUCAACAAGGUUACUACCAGCAAGGACCUCCUCAGCAAGGUUACUACCAACAAGGUCCACCACAACAACAAGGUUAUUAUCAACAAGGCCCACCAAUGCAACAACAGCCUGUCUACGUUCAACAGGCUCCUCAAAAAGAUGACGAUGAUUGUUGCGGUACUUUCUGUAAAAUGUUGUGUUGUUGUUGUUGUUUGAGUCUGUUAUGCGCACAAUAA